GGCUCCACACACACACACAGCCGUCUGGAAGGCAUUAGACAGCAGCGGCACAGAGACUUUUUGGCCACUUCUCUGCGCUCUGUGUAACCUGGAUGCUCGGGGAAACUAGACAUACUUACCUACACGCCCCUCAAGAACCCAAAACGAUCUUACUCAGAUUUAUAAAGAGUCACUGCUGGAAACGUUUUUUUUUGUUUUUUUGUUUUUUUUCUCUUCAUCUUCUUCUUCUAUAUCAAUAUGGUUGACGCUGACAAAGUUGAUGGCUUUUUUUGUUUGUUUUUUGUAACUUUUAGAAACUUUUAAACAAUGAAUGAAACUGUCAGAAGUUGGUGGAGAAAGAUGUUUAUCAUUCUCGUGUAGCUCCUUUUUUCAUGCACACCUUUUUCAUAUGAAUGAUGCCAAAGAUGACUGACACGAUGCUUGUGUCUGUACACCUCAGAUGCCUGCGGUGCACGGUUAAUGACCGCUGACAGACUGUUGAGAACUAGAGAAGGCGACAAUAUUCUUGAGCUCACCCGGCUGAGCGAACUGACAAGGAACCCGCGCGAGUCUUAUUUCACUUUUGUUUUCUUUUUUUUUCCUGAUUAAUGAGGACCAGUUUCAGCGGAUUCAUGAGACUCAAACAAGUGUCCUCUGAAACUUUGUCGAGACUUUUUCUCCCUGUGGAGCGGUACCAGAGCCGCCGGAGCUGACCGCAUCCUUUCUCAAGGACGAAGGAGAGAACAGCUGCUUCAAGAUGAGGUGUGAUAGAGUCCUCACCUACCUGCGGAUAUUUGGCACCACCAUGUUCGGCGUAUCCCUCCUGGUGGGCAUCUCAACGGCCUACAUCAUGGGCUACCAGUUCUUCACCACAGCCCGCAAUCAUGUCUCAUUCGGCCUGUAUGGCGCCAUCUUGGUGGUCCACCUCAUCAUCCAGAGCCUCUUCGCACUCCUAGAGCACCGAAAUAUGCGGCGGUCCUUAGAGACGCCGAUCAAACUGAACAAGUCCUUGGCGCUGUGCAUUGCGGCCUAUCAGGAGGACCCUGCCUACCUGAGGAAAUGCCUGGUGUCGGUGAAGAGGCUGACGUACCCGGGGAUCAAAGUGAUCAUGGUGAUCGACGGGAACUCAGAGGACGACUUGUACAUGAUGGAUAUCUUUAAAGAGAUCAUGGGACGGGACAAAGCGGCCACGUACGUGUGGCGGAGUAACUUUCACCAAAGGGGGCCCGGGGAGACGGACGAGAGCUACGCUGAGAGCAUUCAGCAGGUCACCAGGCUGGUGCUGAACAGCAAGUGUGUGUGCAUCAUGCAGAAGUGGGGAGGGAAGAGAGAGGUCAUGUAUACACCCUUCAAGGCGCUGGGGAGGAGCGUGGACUAUGUACAGGUGUGUGACUCUGACACUAUGUUGGAUCCAGCAUCAUCAGUGGAGAUGGUGAAGGUUCUAGAAGAAGACCCGAUGGUGGGAGGUGUUGGAGGAGAUGUUCAGAUCCUAAACAAGUACGAGUCGUGGAUCUCCUUCUUGAGCAGUGUACGGUACUGGAUGGCCUUCAACAUUGAGCGGGCUUGCCAAUCCUACUUUGGUUGCGUGCAGUGCAUCAGUGGUCCUUUGGGAAUGUACCGGAACUCUCUCCUGCACGAGUUCCUUGAGGACUGGUACAAUCAGACCUUCAUGGGUUCCCACUGCAGUUUUGGGGAUGACCGCCAUCUCACGAACAGAGUUCUAAGCCUUGGUUAUGCAACCAAAUACACUGCACGAUCAAAGUGCCUCACUGAGACACCAAUUACAUACCUGCGGUGGCUCAAUCAACAAACUCGAUGGAGUAAGUCAUAUUUCAGAGAAUGGUUAUACAACUCGAUGUGGUUCCACAAACAUCACCUAUGGAUGACUUAUGAGGCUGUGAUCACGGGCUUCUUCCCGUUUUUCCUCAUCGCCACUGCCAUCCAACUCUUCUACCAAGGAAGGCUGUGGAAUAUUCUGUUGUUUCUACUCAUCGUGCAGGCAGUGGCGCUGAUCAAAUCGUCCUUUGCCAGCUGCCUCAGAGGUAACAUAGUCAUGGUGUUCAUGUCGUUCUACUCUGUAUUGUACAUGUCAAGCCUGUUGCCAGCCAAAAUGUUUGCAAUAGCAACCAUCAACAAGUCUGGAUGGGGGACCUCUGGGAGGAAGACAAUAGUGGUGAACUUCAUCGGUCUGAUUCCUAUAUCCGUUUGGUUCACCAUCCUCUUCAUUGGGAUUAUCUACACAGUAAUCCUGCAGACUAAAAAACCCUUUCCUGAGUCAGAAAAGAUUGUUCUGAUCAUAGGAGCAGUCGUUUAUGCCAGUUACUGGGUCGUACUGUUGACGUUGUAUGCAGUGCUCAUAAAUAAGUGUGGGAAAAGGAAGAAGGAACACUACGAUAUGGUGCUGGACGUAUGACCUACAGACUACAGUCAUCAUUUACCACUGAAGUCUCUUUUUUGGUUGUUUCCACUCACACCAUGUUGUUGCUACACAAAUGUUUUUCAGAUGCAGAGCAGCUCUGGAGGCAAAAUUGGUUGAGUUCAACCAAAAUGGACCUUUUUUCAAACUUGAAGGGCAAAAAGUAAAUAAAUGACAGUGGCUGCUUUUUUGUUCAUUCCUAACAUCGCAUUCAUGAUCUUGGAGCAUCAGCAUGCUCGCUAAUUAGCCUGCCUAGAUUUAUCUAAUCCCACAUGUCUAGCUGAAGAUCAGCUAGUGGAAGCUAACUAGCUAACCUUAAUAACUCAGUAUGGCAAGAUGGAAUAUAUUUAAUUUGGUAGCAAGAGUGCUAGGCUUUGUAAUAUUAGCUACCUCUUACUCAUGUCAUUUUCACUGGGCUUCAGUCUAACAUUUGCAACUGAGCCAAAGAGACUGUGGAAUUUUAUCUCCACCCAUUCGGGUUUAACUUGACCAGUAAGAAUAUUUUACCUCCAGAGCAUCGUUGUGUCUCCAAGAAAAUGUUUGUACACCCUAGGAACAAAUCUCAUGAGUACUGUCUGUGAGGUUGGCCACUUAACUAAUUCAAGUUAAAAUUAGCAUUAACAAACAGAAAAAUUCACAUGAAGUUCUACUGCAUCUGUUUGAGGAUUUGUUAGUUCUGGGUGGAAAUGCAUUGGUGUACCUUACCAGUGUUUUCUAAUCUCUUUUAGGAUGAGCUACAGUAUCGAUUUACAUGGAGUGAAAGGGUGCAGAAAGGGCUUUAAAAUGAAGAGCUGCUCUCUUUUUUGUUGCAUUCAUGUCAUAUGGGAAAGAUGCUUCCUUUUCCUUUCCACACUAUAAAUGUACUUAUAAUCUGUGUGUUUCAACAGAAUUUGUUUUUGUAUCACCCAAAGGAAUAUAUUGUAAGAUAUGGUUACUUAAAAAUUCUCAAAAAUUAACAAAAGAAUGCCUUGUUGGGUCUUGUUUUCCCUGAAACAGUAGCCUUGGUGAGAGCCGCCGUAAAUCACCUCUGUACUGAAUCCCCUGUUGUCAAAAGAACUUCAAUCAGUGAGGAUGUGAUCAGUCCAAGUUCGGUGUCCAACUGUGUGAGUCUCCUUGUGAUCCAAGGUCUCAGUCCAGACAAACUGGCUCCACAGCAAACAAAGCCAUGAGCUAAUUAGUUAAUGGUAGCUAGCUACAGGCAAAGAUAGUUGGAACGGAGCAGCAGUUUUUCAGUUAAAGCAGUCGAUAUGCUUGCCCCUAUGCUUUUGGCGCUUCCUUCGAAUUCUGGCCAUAUUUUAUAAAUGAUACCUUUAACUCAAAUCAUAUCAUAAUCAUCAUCAUUACAGCUCCCUUUUUUCCUUGGCAGUGCUCAACUAUGUGAUGCAGGUUGCAUUUGAUGAAUCCCAAAACAUCACUCACUGUGAUGCACGUACAUGUAUGUUGAAUGUGAAAAGGUUCCAGAUCCAUAUAAAUAUCCAAUCAUGCUGUCGAGAUGCUAGCGAUGCAUUGUGCUCAAAUGUCGGGACACUUACAAGUCUUGUUGGUACUCCCAUAUGACGUGAAUGCAGUAUUUUACUCAACGUUUACAAAGUGAAGAAUCUCAGACUGAUCACUGAUUGGUAGAUAUAAUCGCCACCAGAUCAGGUGACCAGGUGAACAUGUGACCAGAAGAGAGACGGUGUAUCAUUGCUGCUGUGACUGUUUUGUUUUUACAGAGACAAUGCAUUUUGUUUUUACGUUUUAAAGAACAAUAUGAAUGAUGUGUGUAUGUUGCAAAAUGGUUUUUAACACUAUUGUUGUUAAUGUGUUCUUCCAAGUUGAAUGAUAACCACCAAGCACACAUGGCAGACGUGUUUCACUCCCGUGUUUUUUACCUUCCAUGUGCCCUUGCUCUGUUCCUUUCUUCACAUACUUAAUUGAGGGUACUGUGGUUCUAUCCCUCUGCUUCCUUACAUUGUGUGAAACAGACUGCAUGGGAAGAAGCAAAUGUGAGAAUAAUACAUGAGAGGAAAGUACUACCUGAUAACAGGAAUGUAAAUAAGGGCACUCGAUGGAAGGGAACAGCAUGCUGGAAUGAAACAAGUCCUGUGUUUGCUGAAGGCAGCCGGGAGCAGACAUGAAUUUAAUUCUUAUGCACUUUUAUGUCUCUCCAGUCGUCCAGCGUGAUGCUUGAGAUAGUCAAGAUGAAAUACCUCAGUGGUUCUUUUUGCAUUGCAUCAAGGUGUCAGGAUGCCGUCCAAAGACUGAUGCAUUCUGAAGGUCUCGAGUAAUUUAUGAUCUGUUUAUGAUAUUGAAUAUAAAAGUGUCCUUUUUUUAUACGCAGUUCCUUAUUAAGUCGAAGCUGGAUCUCUCUGCCUUGUCGGCCCUUUGCUGUAGCCUUUUACUUAUUGUUACUUUGUAUUUUCGAUGCAUUUUAUAUAUAGACGUUUUUAUUCUAUUUUUGCUUAGCUACCAAAGAUUCUUUAUUUUCACUCAUGUUUUUAUAAGAAAAAUGGGAAAAUGUAUUUGUUGUGCUUUCAACUGUUCUGACAAUGACUUGUAUAUCUGACCAAACAAUGUGAAAUUAUGAGCUGGGGGUUUUGUCUGCAAUAACAACAAUAAAAAUGCAAUUUGUAGGGAUAAGUUAUUGAUUUCAAGAGACGUAAUGAACCUGUGUUUUUGUACUUGUGCGUAGAUAGAAAACCAGCAUAUUUAUGUUUGUAGGAUUCUGUAGUUAGUAAGAUGUCCUCUAGUAGACUUGUAAAAACCCUUAUGGUUCCAUUUGUCUAUGCUGCACAAACAAUAAAUACAUUUAGAAGUUAUUCUUAAUAUAUACAACAUGUGAACACAGCUGCUACAGGCUUCAGAUCUUUGGCAGUGGCGUGCUUCCUAUGUUCACUUCUUGACAAUAAAGCCAAAGCAGACUGAAAACCUUUGUCCAAAAUGUUUCAAAAAAAGUUUGCACAAAAAUGUUUUUACCCGCAAGUUAUGUGUUUUGAAGUUGUGAGGUGCCUUAAUGAGCAAUAACAAAAUAGAAACUGAGUGACACGUUUUGAUGCCGUUUCAAGGCGAGGGUUUUAAACAGAGGUUUAAUGACUGAGACCAAUAAUUUGAACCAUGAAGUUGUUUUCUUGCCAAACUAGUCAUGGGCAGUGUUAUCAUAAAACACUUUUGUCU